CAGCAUAUCUAAACUGAAAAUCACCUCCCUGAACAUGGCUGAUUUUGGAGAGAUUCUCCGCAAUAUAGGAGAGUUUGGAUUAUUUCAGAAGAUCACCCUUUUCGCUCUUUGCUUCCCAAAUGUUAUUCUGCCUUUUCACUUUGCCAGUGUGUUUUUUAUCGAGCCAGAUCCAGAGCGACACUGUAACACAGACUGGAUCCUGCAGGCUGACUCUAACCUGACCACAGAGGAGCAGCUGAACCUGACUCUGCCCCGGGAGGAGGAUGGGACUUUCAGCAGGUGUCGGAUGUUUGUCCCUGUGGACCGGGACAUUGAUGCCAUCAGGGAGUAUGGACUCAAUGAGACCACAGGGUGCCAGAAUGGAUGGAUGUACCACAACACGGUGUAUGAGGCCACCAUAGUCACUGAUUUUGAUCUGGUUUGUGACCAGGCGUAUUUGUUGGGAGUUGGACAAACCGUGAUGAUGGCUGGCAUCCUUGUUGGUUGUCUCUUAUUUGGACCUUUUGCUGAAUCGUUUGGUCGUAAACGAGCAGCUCAGAUUCCAGUCGUUGUGAUGCUCAUAUUUACUGCAACAACUGGACUGUGUCCCAACUUCUAUUUAUAUUUGGCAUCCCAGUUCAUAACGGGAAUUGGCUAUGGAGGAUAUCGUCUGAAUGGCGUCAUAUUGGCCACUGAGUGGAUCGGGUCAUCCAAAAGAUCAUGGGGAGCGUGUGUGACUCAGCUAUGUGGUGCAGUUGGACAGUGCGUCCUCGCUGGUUUGAUCUACUUCGUCAGAGACUGGAGACUGGCUCAACUCAUCACAGCUGCUCUGCUUGCAGUUGUUGCUGUUUACAUAUGGUUUAUUCCAGAGUCAGCCAGGUGGUUGUUAAGCAGAGGAAGGACAGAAGAGGCUAAACAGCUGAUUACCAAAGUGGCAGUCAUCAACAAACGGACUGUUCCAGAGUCUCUGCUGGAAAAGAUUGUUGAGAAAGAAACUGAGAAAAAGGGGGGCAUAAUAAUUCUUAUCCAAUCAUCUGUGCUUAGGAAGUAUUUCUUUACCAUAAUAUUGGCAUGGUUCUCUUUGAACGUUACCUACUACUGCCUUUCAUUCAAUGUGGGAAACUUUGGCUUGAGCGUCUUUGUGACGCAGCUCAUGUUUGGUCUGACUGAACUACCGGCUCACAUACUUUGCAUCUGGCUGUUAGAGGCACUGGGGAGAAAAGUGUCACUGAUGUCAACUCUUCUGAUGGGGGGAUUCUUGUGCAUUUUAAUUCUAGUUGUUCCUCAAGGUAACGCUGUAGCUGUCACCACGUUAGCAACCUCAGGACGUUUCUUCAUAAACUGGGCAGGAUCCGUAUGCAAUGUGUAUGUUCAGGAGCUGUUCCCAACAUCUUUUCGACAAACAGCAUCAGGUUUGGGCUCCAUUGCCAGCAGAGCUGGUGGCUUGUUGUCCCCGUUGCUCAACAUGUUGGCCAUGUACCACUGGUCCAUACCCAUUGUAAUCUUCAGCGGCCUUCCACUGAUCAGUGGAGCUCUGAGCUUCCUGCUUCCUGAGACCAGGAGAAAAGAACUUCCUGAUUCAACCACUGAGGCCGAGGGCAACAGAAAUAAGAUGACCAUGAAGAACCAAACUGAAUCACACCAGCCUGCACAAAGCAAAUCUACCAAACUGUAGUCUGAAUAUUUAUGUUAACGUUGGUUGUUGCUCUGCCAGCAGCAGAGACUCAGGACUGUGAUCAGUCAGCUGAUCUGUUGGUCCGCUCUGGUCCAUCGUCAUGCCUCUACUGACCACAUCUGCAUCAAAUCUGCUUAAAAUGUUAAUGUUUUGGUGGCUGAGCCUUCCUUUAUAGAGUAAUGUACAAGUUUCCACUUGUACAUUACUAGAGAAUUCAUGCCUUUCAUUCUGGACUCUCCAUUGGUUUUCCUGUGGUGCCACCUUCUGGCCAGAUAUUGCUUUUUCUUUUCUUUUUUGUAAAUAUGUUGAUGUUCAAAGUCUUUAUACCACAAUUUAAAUACAAAACAUGUACAUUUGAAUUCACUUCAACCACUCCUCCCCGAUCAUAAAGAAACACUUAUAUACAGAAUUCCUGAGUCCAUCCGGACCACCCUGCCCGCCCAUCCAUAGGAUCACAGGGUACAGGAUACAUUCAGCUGAAGGAGGAGGACUAACAUAACUUCACCAAAUAACUGUAUUAACUGAAUCAAAUAAAUGUAGGAAGAGAGAAACAGAGGGGUAAAAUGAGAGUAAAGAGAAAACAAAACAGGAAAUAAAGGGGUUGUAAUGUGACAUUUAUCGGUACCAACUUAUCCUUUAUCAAAGGGUCCAAAAAGAAACUCCUUUACAUGUGUUUUUGAUUUUUAUAGUUUUAAAAGAAAUAAGUAACAUCUCUGACCCGAUGAGAAAAGGAUGUCGGAGCGCCUUGCUUCCAAUUUAGAUGGAUCAAAUGUCUCGCCAGGAGCAUAGUGAAAGCUGUGACCAUGUGGGCUUUAUUUGGUAAGAUAGCACGGGAUUCCUUCAAAGUUAAACGAAAGAUUAGGGUGGGCCUGGGUUAGGGUCCAACUGGGUUUCAAACAUCUCACUAAAAGCUUUAAGAAAUACUUAUCCAGAAGGUGGAUUUGGACACAACCAAAACACAAAUGAUGUUUGUACUUUUGUUUAGUUUGCUUCUGUUGUCUUGUGAAGCACUUUGUAACAUGAAUGUUUUGUUAUUAUUGUUAAAUGCCAGUUCACAAGAUACCUUAAAAUCUAAUGAGCUGAUAGCUCUGACAACAUUCAUGCUCACAACCUUUUUAUUUUUAAUGACAUGAUGGCUUUACCUCUUGUGCCACCGUCUGAACAAACUUUACAUGUUCAGUUGGUCUGUCAGUUUUUAUCGUGCACUAACACAGUAACAUGUUAUUUAAAUUAUUUACUGUGUCUGAGAUCUACUUUCUACUGAAAUGUGAUUGCUGCAGCUCUCAAUAAAACUCUUC